AUGGCGACGCAGGCCCCGCCCCCGUACACGUACAGCGCUGUGUCGCAGGACCCCGAGGCGCAGCUCGAUGGCGAUGACCGCGACGGAUACAAGUUCGGCGCGACCGUCGAGGAGUGCGUGCCCGAGAUCCGCGCGAUGUUCGUGCGCAAGGUCUACACGGUCCUCUUUCUCCAGUUGCUGGGCACGGCGAUCGUCGCUGCGGCCAUGACGACCGCCGGCGCGGUGAACUGGGUGCAGAACAACAUGUGGUUCUUCUUUGUGCCGCUCGUCGGCUCGCUCGUCACGCUCGGCUUUUUGUACUGGAAGCGCCAGUCGCAUCCUCUCAACCUGUUCUUGCUCGGGCUCUUUACGUUUAUGGAGGCGCUGUCGCUCGGUCUGCUUGUCGCGGCAAUGGACCGCAGCGUCGUGCUCAAGGCCGUGUUUAUCACGACGUUUAUGUUUGCCGGACUGACCAUCUUUACGCUCCAAACCGAGUACGACUUUUCCUCGCUCCAGUCGUGGCUCUACUGGGGCCUGCUGAUGCUCGUCGGCACCGGGUUCGUCCAGCUCUUUUUCCCGUACAACCACCUGUUCGAGCUGGGCUACUCGGUGGUGGGAUGCGCCGUGUUCAGCGGGUACAUCCUCUACGAUACCUACCUGAUCCAGCAGCGCCUCUCGCCCGACGACUGGAUUUUGGCCAACAUCUCGCUCUAUCUCGAUGUGGUCAAUCUGUUCCUGUCGGUCCUGCGCAUCAUGAACGCAGCCAGCGACGAUUAA